CCGGCUCCGCGCGGCGCAGGUUAAGAACCGCGUGGGGCAGCGCCGGGAGCAGAGAGAGCCGAGCCCAGCAGCAUGGCCCAGCCGCGCUGCCGCUCCGUGCUCAUCACCGGCUGCAGCCGCGGCAUCGGGCUGGGGUUGGUGCGGGGGCUCGCCGCCGCCGAUCCUUCCCCGGAGGUCGUGUUCGCUACGUGCCGCUACCCCGACAAGGCGCAGGAGCUCCAGCAGCUUAGCAAGCAAUACAGCAAUAUCAAGCUCCUCCAGCUGGAUGUGGUCUGUGAAAACAGCAUCAAGAAAGUAGUCAAAGAAGUGGAAGAAAUUGUGGGCGACAAAGGUCUGAACUGCCUCAUUAACAACGCUGGCAUCAAUGUGCUCGCCUCCUUGGAAGACGUCACAGCAGAGACAAUGCUCACCAUCUAUGAAACCAACACGGUUGCCCAGCUGAUGGUCACUAAGGCUUUUCUACCCCUUCUGAGGAAGGCAGCUCAGCUGAGCACAGGAAUGGGCUGCCACAGAGCUGCUAUUAUUAAUAUGUCCUCUCUUGCUGCCUCCAUGCAACUCGUCCAGGCAAAUGAGAUGUUCCUCAAGGUCUACCCCUACAGGAUAGCAAAGACUGCUCUGAACAUGAUCACCAGAUGUCUUGCUGCAGACUUGAAAUCAGAUGGAAUUCUCUGUAUUUCUUUGCAUCCAGGCUGGGUUCAGACAGACAUGGGCGGAAACAUGGCUCCCUUGCAGGUGCAAGAGGCUAUCCCAGGAAUUCUCUCUGUUCUGGACCGUCUUGGUGAAAAAGAAAACGGUUCCUUCCUGGACUGGCAAGGGGAAACUCUACCAUGGUAGACGUGCAUAGUAUACUACAGAAACAGCGUGUCAGUCACUAUUCAACUUGCAUCAACUAAUGUCUCCGUCUCCAGGGUUUUCUUAGAUUCUCGUAGAAAUAGUCAGUCUGAUAUCCACCUCCUCUCCAGGUAUAUUCAGAAAGGUUUACUCUUCCUUGAUAUUGCUACUGUUCUGUCCUAACACUUCCUGACGAUACUACUGUGCUCUUAGUGAUGGGUCUCUCCUGGAACCACCUAACAUUGAUUAAAAACUGCAGGUUAAAUCCGGGGCUGGUUCCUCUUUGCUUCCAAAACCAAGUCAGCGGCCUGCCCUGACAGCAUAGGCUCUUGGAGUCUGGUAUGGUCGGUGUGCUGGAGACAUGUCUUGGGAAAAGCUCCUCCAGUUUCCCCCAGUCCUGAAUAACUGUGAUUUUGUUACUUUGAGUGUCCCCAGGCUGACAGCGCCGGGCACUUGCUUUGUUCCCAGUGGGUGACUAACAUCCUGAUAUCGGGGUGGGAAUGUGGUUUUGUACAUAGACUUCUGAAAUGUCUUCAAUAAAGUCUGGUUUAAACAAA